UGUAAAUCUUCGACAAGAUUUCCGUAGAGUCGCGUUUGCGCGCCGUUUCGUCUUUGCCGCCACAAACACGACCACUGCACCACCCACGACCACCGACUGCACCAUCAACACACACGACCACUGCACCAUCGUCAUCAUGGAUGUGAUGAGUGCUCCGGAGGCGCGGUAUGUGCGGGAUGAUGCGCCAGAGCAGCCGCCAAGGGUGACACGCAGCGCUGCAGGCAUCAAGGUGGAGCGCAACAAGCAGUUCAUUGUGCCAUCCAGCCAUGACUUCGACAGGCAGUAUGCGCAUGUGUACUUCACACGCUACAACUCGUUCAAGAAGCUCAUCGAGACUGCCGCCACAAACAAAUGGCCAAGCAAACACGUUGUGCCAAAGCUGCUCGACAUCGAGAAGGAGAAGGAAUGUGUUGUAUUUGGAGUGUUGUACAAGGACAUGCCGCUCAAACCCAACAUCCUGGACGAGUACCAUGCUCGUGAGAACUAUGAAGCGCCACCACCAGAGCGGUCAAAGUACAACUCCGAUGAGGACGCGCUCGUGCUUGAGGAUAUGAGUGGGCGCAUCGUGUUGAUUGGCGAUGCCCUGGACGUUGGCACCCAUGUCUCAGGUGUUGUGGUGGCUGUUCUUGGCAAGGCUCUGCCCUCUGGCGAGUUCCAAAUUGCAGACGUUUGCUACCCCAGGUUCCCCCCACAGAAGCGCCUGCCCAAAAUCCCGCCAAGCUACGUGUGCCUUGUCUCUGGCCUGAACAUCAGCAAAAACGACAAGGCCCGCCUCAGCAUGCAGCUGCUCAGCGACUUCAUCCAGGGCAACAUCGGCAGCACUGCAGACCAGGAGCUCGCCGCCAGCAUCGUGCACGUCAUUGUCGCAGGCAACCUCGUGUGGCGGCUUGACGAUGAGCAUCAGGACUUGCCGCUGUACAAGAAGCGAACCAUGAUUCCGGAGAGCGUCGGACACAUGCGGGAGGUUGAUCUCUUCCUCGCUCAGAUGGGCAUCAACGUCCGCGUUGAUCUCAUGCCCGGCCCACACGACCCCUCAGACGCAAUCCUCCCACAGCAGCCGAUGCACCCCUGCAUGUUUCCGCUUGCACGAAACGUGAGCAGCGUCAAGGGCGAAACAAACCCAUACGAGACCACAGUCGCCGGCAGAACGUUUCUUGGCACAUCCGGCCAGGGUGUUGAUGACAUCUACCGCUUCUCAACAGAGGAGGACAGGUUACGCAUUCUUGAGCAAACACUGGAGUGGGCACAGCUGUUCCCAACAGCACCUGACACGCUCGGAUGCUUCCCAUAUCACAUGACCGACUUCUCUGACCCCUUUGUCAUCACCUCCUGUCCCCACGUCUACUUUGCCGGCAACCAGCCCUCCUUUGCCACAAAACUCGUCACAGGUCCAGAAGGGCAGCAGGUGCGCCUCGUGUGUGUGCCGUCGUUCUCCGACACGCACACGGCGGUGCUGCUCAACCUCGCCACCCUCGAAUGCGAACCCAUCCAGUUUGAUGCCCCAUAGCCUUGUCCUCUCCAAGUGUGCAUGUGUGUGUGUGUGUGUGUGUGUC